AUGGCUGCUUCGAGCGCUGGGCCGCCCGCCCGAUCCCCGCCUGCUCACCGCAGCGUCCGAUUCAAAAAUCGCAGCGGCGAGAGUCUCGCCGGCAUCCUGGUCGAUCCCGGGUCGCCAAUCGCCGUUGUCCUCGCCCACGGCUUCACGUUAUCAAAGGAUUGGAUCCACUAUCCCGUGCUGGCGGAGAGGCUGGCCGAUCGGUCGGUGGGCAGCUUUAGGUUUGAUUUUUCGGGCCACGGCGAGAGCGAGGGGAGAUUUGAAUAUGGGAAUUUUUGGAAGGCGGUGGGGGAUGUGAGGGCUGCGGUGGAGUGGCUGCGGGAGGAGGUGGAGAAGAGGGUUGUCGGUCUGAUCGGUCACAGCAAGGGUGGAAUUGUCGCAGUGCUGUACGCCUCAGAGUUCGAUGACAUUCCAUCGGUGGUCAACAUUUCCGGCAGUUUUGACUUGAAGAGCAGUGUCGCUGAGCGCUUUGGGCCAGAUAUCUUUGAGCGGUUGGAGGAAUGCAAUGAACUGGAGAUCAUGCACAAGAAUGAAGAUGGGAAAGUUCAAUUCAAAUGCAUCCUGACAAAACAGAGCAUGGAUGAGCGCAUGAGCAUGGACAUGGACGCCGCCGCGCGGCGUAUCCAGCGCACCAACGUGCUCACGAUCCAUGGCUCGGCCGACGCCAUAAUCCCCGUGGCUGAGGCGCACAAGUUUUCGGCCAUUCGGUCCCACGACGUGGUCAUCAUCGACGGGGCAGACCACAACUUCAGCAACCUGGAGCACGGGGCGGCUUUGGUGGACAAACUUGUGGAGUUCUUGAUGCGGGGUGCGUGA